UCUUCUUCACUCAUACAUUGAGCUCGCCAUGGAACCAAAGAAACCAACUAAAGAAAUUCUGAUGUUUCCAUGGCUAGCAUUCGGCCACGUAUCUCCCUUCAUCCAGCUCGCCAAACACCUUCGAAAUUCACAUAUGUUCUUCCCCUGUAAACCUCCAAAGCAUCCAAUCAAAACUCCGCCAAACCCCCUCAAAUCCCAUCCACCUCCUCCACCUCAACCUCCCACCGUCGCCGGAGCUCCCCCCCCACCCCCCCACAUGCACUCCACCUAAUUCCCACUCUCCUCAAGGCCGCCCCUGAUUUCACCUCAAUUUUGCACAAAUUAAACCCCGAUUUACUCAUCACCGACAUGUUCCAACCCUGGGCCGUCUAUUCCGCUGCCGCUCUCAACAUCCCCACCGUCUUCUUCCUCGUCGUCGGCGCCGGAACGUUCUCCUACUCCGUUCAUUACGUUCUUCGCCACAGCGUUGAAAUCCCUUUCCCCGAACUCGAUCUACAAAAUCAUUGGUUAUUUAAACGGCAUCAAAACGAUCCGUCGGAUUCGAGUGUUAGUGUUGCGACAAGUCGGUUUCUUCAAUUAGUGAAAGAUCUCGAGGCUUACUCCGACGUCGUUUUGGUUAACUAGUUUAUGGAGAUUGAGAGUAAGUACAUUGACUAUCUCUCUGUUUUGUUGAAGAAAAAGGUCGUUCCUGUCGGCCCACUCGUUGCAUUGUCGGAUGAGAAAUCCGACGUGUUGGAUUGGCUUGAUCAAAAGAAGCCGAAAUCAACGGUGUACGUUUCGUUUGAGAGUGAGUAUUAUUUAUCAAAGGAAGAUCGUGCUGAGCUGGCAAUGGGUCUUGAAAUGAGUGGGGCCAAUUUCAUAUGGGUUAUAAGAUUUGGUAAAGGGGAGAACGUUGGGAUUCGAGAGGCUUUGCCAGAUGGGUUUAUUGAGAGAGUUGGGGAGAGAGGUUUGGUGGUGGAUGGGUGGGCCCCGCAGAUGGGGAUAUUGAAGCAUACGAGUAUUGGUGGUUUUGUGUGUCAUUGUGGGUGGAAUUCGGCGGUGGAGGCGGUGGUGAAUGCGGUGCCGAUUAUUGCUCUGCCGAUGCAGUUGGAUCAACCUUGUCAUGGGAAGGUGGCGGUGGCUGCCGGUGUCGCCGUUGAGGCGGCGAGAGGCGUGGAUGGUGCUAUUGAGAGGGAAGGGGUUGCUAAGGCUAUUAAAGAAGUGUUGUUUGAGAAGAAGGGGGAGGAGUUGAGUGGGAAAGCGAAGGAAAUUAGUGAGAGUUUGAAAGUCAAAGAUGGGAAGAACAUUGAAGCGUGUGUGGUGGAGAUUAGCAGAAUUUUGGAAUCUGGAAAAUUUUGAUUAAAUUUUAUAUUAUUUUGUUAUUUUGAUGAUUAUUGUAUGGGAAGCG